AUGACUUCAGCGGUCCCUCCUACUGGUACUACUACUACAGCAGCAGUUCCAGAGGUCCGAUGGAUAGUGGACACUGAUGCAACCAAUGGAGGAGUCGAUGUCGACGUUGCCAAAUUCCCACCUAAUUUCGGUACUAAAUCGGAUCGUUCCAACGUGGCAGAGGGCGGUAGUGGAUUCAGUAACGUCAGCGAUGAUGCAACACUCACGAGCCAACGUACGAAGGUUAGAGUGGAGUUGGAGAUUGGUGAAAAGAAGAACUUCAAUGCUUUCAAAAAGAAGGAGGAACAAAUUCGGACUGCACGGUACGAUGAGGAGGACUCGAUGACGUUGCGAGGGGCUUCCCAAGGCUCUAGCGCUAUCUAUUGUGGCCGACCAACUGCCAAUGACACCUCCUGUUGGUUCUCACUAAGUGUUGACCCAUCCAACCCUGGUAUAUAUAGACUAGCCCCUGUUCGGAAGUGGCAUGAGUUCCGCCCGCUCACGGGUGUUGAGCUCCGUAUGGCUAGAACCGAGGCUCCAUCUGAUGUUGCUGCUGCUCCUAGUGCUACUGCUGAUGGUGGCGUUACAACGAAGUCGUCUAGAGUAAAAGAGGAGACGGAAACUGAGAUAGCCGAACAGGUUAUGAAGAAGCAACGCUUGGCCGAUAAGAAUGAUGAAAAGAGGUUCAUACGAAUGAGGGCGGCUAUCGAACUGAAGAAGGCUAAGGUAAAGGGUGGGGAGACAGAAGAGGGAUACGAUGCCGAGAAGGCGGCCCGAAAAGAGGCUAAGCGUCGGCUGAAGGCAUCGAAGGCAGCCAAGCACGAUCUAGAGACGAAAGAUGUACCUGGCUCCAGUCUGAGCGUGGGCAAGCUGUAUGCAGUGAAACAUGAUGAUGAGUGGGAGGGCAAUGAGGAUUUCAGUGAUGAUGAUGAACUCUUGGAUGAUCCCGAUGCUGGUAAUGAAGUCCAGAUAGAAACUACAGGGGCAGUUGAUAAGGAGAAGGAGAAGAUGAAAGAAGCUAGGACGGGGAGAGACUCUGAUAAUGAGUCCUCAAGCUCGAGCGAUAGUGAGGAUGAACAGGCGACCUCACUGGGCAAGGCUAUUACGAGUAUAAUGGAAAAGGAAAGGAAUAAGGAGGAGGUCCGGAAGGAGGGCCUGGCAGAUGUGGCAUUGGAUGAUGAGCUAUUACAAACUGGUGUUGAUCCUGAUGAGAUUGAUGAUGAUGCUGGUCAGAAUGAUGACAAGACUCGGAAAGAUACUUCAGCUUCAGCUACCACGACUGCUGUCAAGGCCAACAAGCCGUCCAAACAGGAUGAGAUGGUGGAAAAGCUUAAACAACUCUUUGCUCGAAAUGAGUACCGUCUUGGCCUGAGGGAAGUUCUUGCGACGUUCCCUGGCAUGAAGAAGAAUAGUGAGGAGUAUAAGUGGCUGACCAGAUCCUUAAAGGACAUGGCCGAAGUGCGUGAUCAUUUACUGUAUCUCAAGAAAGAAUAUCGUAAAUGA